UUGGUCAAUUCGGUUCUGCCAUAGCUCAACGGGCUCGCUCAAAAAACUGGAAAAUCGCUUCUCCACUGCGAUUUUCUCCUCCUCCUUCCAAUUGGAUGGAGACGACGAUGAAGCUGCUGCGGCCGGGGAAGUCUCCACGGGCUCCUGCAUUCACCUGUUCGAAGUCGGUGAACUUAUCGCCGGAAUUGGAUCUUCAGCAGACGCCAAGUUCACGCAAGGAUUCUCGACGGAGGAUCCGAAAUCUUUCGUUGAUUAAGAGAAAGUCGGUGCCGACCGGGCGGAGGAGUAGGCCGCAGACUCCACUUCUUAAGUGGAAGGUCGACGACAGAGUUGAUGGUAGAGGUGAAGAAGACGAAGACGAAAAGAAGACGGAAUCGGAGAACGGAGAGAAAGAUCUCCGGCGGAUGAGUGGGGAAAGAGAUGUGGUCGUAUCGGCGAGGAAGCUCGCUGCUGGUUUUUGGCGGUUUCAGAAGCCGGAGGUGAGCGCUGAUGGAGGAAGGAGCGGUUUGAGACGCACUGUGGAGCAGAGGAUCGGUUUUCAGCCUGUUGCUGGCCAUGUUCGUGCUCCGAUUCUCCGUCAUCACAAUAACAACAUAUUCAGUAAUGAAACGAGGCAUCUGUUACAGGGCCAAACCUCAACUUCUGGUAUGAGAAAUGGCGUUCUGAGCAAGAUUGAACCGUUCUUUCAAUUCUCCAACUCAGUUAUGGAAGGGGCAACAAAAUGGGACCCUAUUGGCUCGAAAAUUCCAGUUGAAAGGGACCAUGUUUACAAUCGAAGAGAGCUUCUUGACCAGCAAGUGAGCCUGGUUUCUGUUAUAUCUUCCCUUGAAGCUGAACUCAAGCAAGCACGGGUGCGCAUUUCGGAACUCGAAACGGAACGCCAUGCAUCGAAGAAGAAGCUUGAGAGCUUCUUGAGAAAGGUUGAUGAGGAAAAGACUGUAUGGCGUAUGAGGGAACAUGAGAAAGUACGUGUGUUUAUAGAAAGCAUCAGGACUGAGUUGAACCAUGAAAAGAAAAAUCGAAGAAGAGUAGAGCAUUUCAAUUCGAAACUGGUCCAUGAGCUAGCUGAUGCUAAAUCCUUGGUGAAGAAGCUGAUGCAGGACUAUGAAGAAGAAAGGAAGGAAAGGGUAUUGAUUGAACAAGUAUGUGAAGAACUUGCUAAAGAAAUUGGAGAUGAUAAGGCAGAAAUAGAGGCAUCGAAGAGAGAAUCUGCGUUAUUUAGAGAGGAAGUGGAAGAAGAGAGGAAGAUGUUGCAGUUAGCAGAAGUAUGGCGUGAAGAACGCGUUCAAAUGAAGCUGGUCGAUGCGAAGGUAGCGGUCGAAGAGAAGUACUCUCAGAUGAACAAGCUUGUUGCUGAUCUUGAAAACUUUCUAAGAUCAAGGGGAGCAAUCUCAGACGUUAAGGAGAUGAAAGAAGCUGUAUUACUUGAACAGGCUGCUUCUGCAAUGAACAUCCAAGACAUACAGCACUUAUCAUACCAACCUUCUAAGCCAGAUGAUAUAUUCUCCAUCUUUGAAGAAGUUAAUUUUGGUGAAAAUCAUGAGAGGGAGGUUAAGCCAUACAGUUCUUACAGUCCGGUGACCGAAAUCUCUAAAGUCGGAACAGUGAGCCCCGACGUAAAUGUAGAUUCGGGUAAACGAGCGGAUGGCACUCUGAUGGCAGCCUUUAAUCAGAAUGGAAACAUGGACGACGAGAGUGGAUGGGAGACAGUGAGCCAAAUUGAGGAUCAGGGCUCGAGUUAUUCGCCCGAAGGAAGCUCGACACGACCCGGUAAUAAGAAUAGUGAAAAUAGUAGCAGCACGACAGGCUCAGAGACUGUAACAGACUGGGAAGAACACGGAGGAGGUGGAGAAACAACAAUCAACAUCAGUGAAGUCUAUUCAGAACUUGUAAGGAAAUCAAAGAAAGUAUCAAACUUAACGAAGAAGCUUUGGAAAUCCGGCCAUAACAAUGGUGGCGACAGCAACAAGAUGAUACCAGUAAAGGAGCCUCAUGGUGGGUCUAGUCCAGAUUUCAUGGAUCAGUGGAGUUCCUUCGACUUAGGUGAUGCUCAAAUAGCUCGACAGAUGAAAGGCCAAAUGAAUGUGAAGGAAGGCCAUAAACUACAGCUGCGGCAUGUCCUUAAACAGAAGAUAUAGAGGCCGAUAGCGAUUGCUUCCUGGACGGUUUUAUGCAGCCGCAUCGAGCCAGCGACAUGACGACGUUAUAUAUUUACCGUAGUGUAAGAUUCAAAUGAAUGAGGCUUCAUAAAACAAAGAUAAUUUCCGCCUCUAUUUUCUCCAAAUGUAUCGAACAUUCCACUUAUCAAUCGAUUGAUAACCUUCCAAAUA